UGACCGGUGGCUAUCUUAUGGCAACCCUAAAUUAGUCUGUUCUGCAAGGGUCAGGGGUCUUUUCCACUUGUAACUCCGUUAGGGUCAGACGUUUGUUUUUUCUCCUCGAAAGGGUUAGUUUUUGAACACGUGCUUCUCGUGAUGGGUGCUAUAGCUAAAAAAUUGCCUCGAUUUCAAAUCCAGAAACAAUUCGAUGACGAUGCUGGACAUACCAUUAGAUCUAGAGCUACUAAAUUAGGUCACAUAUAAAGAAUGCAAGUGUGCACCAUAAGAAUGGGAGAUUCGGAAACUGGUGAUCGUUGCAGCAGCUCUACUGAUACGAUAAGUAAUAUAAACGAUGUGCUUAAUAAUAAAGAAAAAUCAGUUGAUGAUGAUAGAAUAGACUGCUCCAACAGUCAUUACUUGGACAAAAUUUACGAAGUUGCUGUGCGUCAUGUUACAGAGUUGGCGGAAUCUCAUUUAAAAGAAGAUAAACCACAUUUCAUUGCCCGAUUUUCAGAGAUUUUCAAGAAUGUUAUUGAAGAAAAUGUGACAGUGAAGGGUUUACCAUGGAUUCUCAAUAAAGAAAAGUUGACUACUGAUGAAAAGCAAGAGCAGAAACAAGAAACAACAGAUGCACUUCUCUCAAGGUUGAGCAAGACACUGGAAAAAACUGCUGAAAAGAGAAAAGCUACUCCACAGAAUUGUUGUCGUAUUUAUGGCUUGCAAUCGAAAUAUGAGCGACAAAAUUUGAAAAGAGCCAGAAUAGAACCUUCUAUAACAUUGCCUUCUGUAUCAUCAUCAUCCAAAUCUUCUAUCCAGGACCAUUCUAAAGAAUUGUUAGCAGUAUAUAAAAAUAUUGAAUUGGCACAGCAGCAAAUAGCAAAGCAGGAAGAGCAGCUGUGUGUGGUACAGAAACAAGUUGAAUUCGCAAAACAUAUUGCUAAGCAACAUGAUGCUCAUUCAGAAACUUUAUAUGAUACUGGAUAUAUUAGUGAAUAACAUGAAUUUGCACUUUUAAAUUGUACAUAUGUAAAUAAAAUUCAGCAAUGCAAUAAGAUAUUAUCUAGCAUCAUAAUGUGUAAAAUUUCAUAUUAUUCAUCUGCUUCAAACAUAGUUGAUUGUAUUUAUGCAUGUAUUACAAAUAAGAAUUAUUUUGUAUAAUAUAGUGCUGUAUUUAAGAAGGACUUUUAUAUGUAAUGCAAAUAGUUAAAAAAAGGCUUAUAAUUGAGAUUUUCUUUAUUUAUAUGACUGAGUAGGAAUUUUUGAAAAUAAUUAUCUUUAUUAUAUCACCUUUAAGCCACUUUAAAUUUCUUUACAUAUAUAAGAACAUAAUAAUUCCUAUGUUCAAAUGUUUAACUUUGAAAUAAUUAUACUAUUGUCACCUUUUGUAAAAAUUGAUUGGAAACAUUACUUGAAUACUGUUACUGCUUUUAAAUGAAGGUGGAUUAUUUUAAAGUAAUUUUCUAUUUUGUAGACUACUAAAAUACAUCUUUCAUAAAUAAUUUAAUUCUUAAUGCAUUAAAGCCCAGUGUCCUCAUUUGAGAACAGUUAAGUUUUUCAUUUCUGUGAUUCAACCAAUUUCAUGUCUUUGUAUCAUUUUUGCUUUUCUAACAACUCAAUAUUUAUUACCAAACUCCUAAACUAGUAAUCAAUUAUUAGCUAGAUUUUGAAGUCUUAAGUGUAGACAAUAUGAAUAUGCCCCUUCCUUUUUUUAUGCAUAAUUCUUUUUUAUGUAUAUAUUUUAGAAGUUUUAAUAUAUAGCCAUCAAAAAAAUUUUUAAAUAUCUAUUCUUCCAAAUUAUUUGAUAAUUUUUCUUAAGUAUUCUCUCCCACUUUUGCUUAUUAUGGGACGCAGAUUUUGAAUUUGCUUUGAAACUGCUUUCAUUCUAUCAUUUGUAUAGAUUGAUAUGUUUUGUUAUUAUUCACAAGGAGAAUAUGUGAAAUAUUCUGUAACUUGUUAGAAUUGUUUUUAUCUGUAACCAAAUGCUCUAAUUUAUUAUAAUCGGUGGUAAUUAAAAUUGACUAUAUAGAGAAAUGCAAUGUGCCAUUAUAUAGUCCUUUAUACAUAUGUGGAGAAAUAAGAUUCAUCUAUCUUUCACAGGAAGAAAUAGUAAUGGUCUUCCCACAAAGAAAGACCAUUCUAAUAGAUAGUAUAUGUUAUUUUUUUCUUUUAAAUAAAUCUCCUUCUCUUUUUCUCCUCAUUUUGAAACUCAGCAAUAUAUAAAUCUAUAUAUUAACACUGAAUACCAACUAAUGCAGUGUUUUAAAGCAUUAAAAGUAAAUACUCUGCAUCAUGAAACUAUCUCUUAAUCAAAGGUUUUUAAUUUUAUAGAACGUUUUCUAGAGCCUCAAAACGUGAAGAGAUAUGUAUCAUGCUAUUCAUUCGAAGUAGCUUUCAAUGUACUACCAUUUGCAGUUGCUGCUAAUUAUAAUUAUAUAUUGAAAAUCAGUUGAGAAUGAGUGUUGAAAUUAUGAAGUGUGAGUAUGUGAGGGUUAAAAUGUAUAUUCCAUUUUUGCAACAAUGACUGUGAAGAAAAUAAUAGGAAAAUUAAUUAAAUGGCAUGUUGUUAUAAUAUAAAGCAAAAUAUAAUGUAAAAUAAAUUAAUAAACAAUAUAUUUUCCAAUAGAAAAAUAUAACAACUCAUGAUCCUCUUCAGUCCCAAGGUACACAUAUGUGUACCUGCAAUUUUUUUUCAUUUUUCUUAUCCGGUAAAGUUAAAUUUUGACGACGUUGCAGGCUUUUCAACGUUUAUGAAUGUGGCAUCCAUUUUGCAUCAAUAAAUAGCAUUACAGUUUGAUGUUUUUUUCAUAUCCAUUGCUGUUAAUUAGAGACAUAACGGAAAUGGCGUUGAACAGAAAACACAGCAAAUACAAGUAAAUUUUUUAAUAUUUAUAAUUAAAAUAUACGCUUGUUUAUUUUUUAAUAAAAUACUAAGUGUCUGGUUAAAGUCAUUACCAAAUUAUAUCUUGUUAUCUAUAAUAGAAUUGGUGAAAAUACAAAUUUAACUAAGGUUCACAUAUGUGUUCCUCGGGCGUUUUCACGCCCGUUUUCUGACUGCUUGCAAUCCAUUGCGCUGCUUAUCUGUUGAGCGCUUGUUUUCAAAUUGUCAUUUCUUGUCCUUGAAUAUAUUGUAUAUCUUUUUAUAAUAAAUAAUUCUUAUUUUCUGUAAUGUAAUAAAUUAUAAAUUUAAAAAUAUUUAUUUUUUAACUUUAGUAAGAAAUUUAAUUUUAUAGCUGUCUUGUAGUCAGUAAUUGAUAUUUCAAACCGACAUCAUGUAUAGAAUAUGCAGAAUUUUAUAAGCUAAUAAUAUUUUUUUCACGUCAAGUGGCUUUAAGUCAACAGGAGGUUAGUGAACUUUUAGGAAAAAGUGAUUUUAGGGGAAGCAAUAGAAUUUCUCAAGUAUCAAAAAUAAUGAAACCUGGCAAAUAGGAUGAAUGUGUCACAGAUGAUAGUCAAAUGUGCCUUGUCAAGUAGAAAGAUAAUAAAUCCGUGACUAUUAUCCACAUGUAUAGGUAAUGCGUCAUUUGGAAUAGGCAGAAGGUAGACAAGAUAAUUGAAACAAAAAGCUGAUAUAAAAUAAUCUGCUUUUGCAAAAACGUAUAGUAUGUGAGGCAUCGACUAUUAUUUUGCAUAUUAUCGGUAUGCAGUAAUUACAAAAAAUGACCGACGGGAGCAUUCAUGCAUUUUGUAGAUUUAGUAGUUGGCAAUUGCUUGAUACUUUAUAAAAAUGCUGUCAAAGCGACAAACUGAGCUAUCAGGAAUGAAGCCGAAAAUGUUAUGACCUUAUUUCAAUUUGAAAUGCAUAUAAUUCGGUCCCUGUUGAAAUAUGAGGGAAUUCUCAGCAUCAGCAAGAAAGGAAACCAAGAACAAGUAAAAAAAUCAUCUUUCAAUGAAAACAAAUUAAUAGAAGAAGGGUCAUCAAAUGAUGGAAAUGAAACUACAAGACCAUUGGAGAUUUCAUUACCACCAUCUGGUGAAAAUACCUCUAAAAGAGCAAGAAAAAUUAUCCCUUCCCAAUUAAAAAGAAAUAAGACUAGAUAUGUCAAGCCAUCUACAACAUUACAUGGACGAUAAGUAUGUAUCAAAAUGCAGGUAUCGAGGAUGUAACUCUAGGAGAAGAGUCAAGUGCUCAAAAUAAGGUUUAAUGGAUUAUUAAUAUAAUAAUUUUUUUUUCAUUUAUAAGACCUUAGAAUAAGAAAAGUAUAGCUAUUAAGUAACCAGGAAAAUUAAAUAUUUUUUUUGUCGAGGAUGCUUUGACUUGCUUAAGACUUGAGGUAACACAUGUGUACCUUAAAAUUAUGGGACUUUAAAUUGUUUGAUCAGCAAAUAUUUUUUUCCGCAAACUAUUGAGAUGUAACAAAGGUAAAAGAUCUUGAAAUCAAAUUUUUAAAUAAGUUUUUAAAAAAUCAGGACUGAAGAGGUUAUAAUUUCAAUUCAUUAAUAGGCAUCAAUCAAAUAUAAUUUCAGCUGAUUUAUAGGCAUCAAGCACAAAACAUAAAAAUGAAUUUAACCUAACUAUGCAAGUGGGUUAAUAUGGCAUAGUAUUACCACAUAUAUAAUGACUUAAUAAAAGCAAAAGUAUAUAAGCUCUUACACAUUAUGUGUGUAUGGCAUCUUUUAACCUCAACAAAUAUUAAUAAUAGUUUUGGAAUAAGAAUCAAUUUAACUAUUUUAUUGAAGCAAAUUUUCUAAUUCUUGCUUUUUGUGAGUAAAAUAACUCUCAGAAGUGACACUUUACUGCAGAAUUGUGGAUUUCAGUAUUUUUGAUAUUGAAUUUCAUCACUCUUGGGAGCAGUAGAAAUAUGCAUUAAAAUUUUGUUAAUGUAUUAAGGGAGGGUGCACAUAACAUACUCAAAAAGUACACAUAGCAUGCAAAUAAAAACCAUAUGCAGAUUUGACGUAUGUCUCUAGGCUGAAAGUUUCAAAUUCAUAGGAUAUUGUGCAUCUCUGCUGAAAGUCAAUCAGAGUUCGAAAGAUGCACAAGAGAAAAAAAAAUGAUUGUUUGGUCGUGUUUUAGACUCAAAAGAUACACUAUGGCCAAAAAUGGCUUUUGUGCCAUAAAACACAACACAAUGAAAUUUCAGCAUUAGGAGGAAUGCCUGAUGGUUGGUUUUUUUUUUUUUUUUUUUUUUUUGCUUUUUGUUUCAUUCAGUCGAGGAAUGUCAGCAACGAAGGGAAUCAACUGCACACAAUCUUGAGUGUAAAAGAAAGAGGAUUAUUUGUUCUUCAUGAAGAUAGCAGUUUUAUUUUCAUAAUCCUUAAAAAAAUAUUUUUUGUUUUGUUUCCACUUUUAUAUAGCUUUUGCUGUCUUGCAUUAAGAUGUUAACUAUCAUUUUAAAUAAUUUGAAAUUGAUAAAAAUGUGUGGCGGGGGGAAUCCAGAGUGGCUGAUUAAAGGGAAAAAAGAUUUGAAACUUGGAGGGGGGAGAAAACUGAUAUAUUUAAAGAAAAAAAAAGGUUAAUAUUAAUCAAAAAGUGUUGCAUGUUCUUUGUGAUGACUUCAUUAUUGUAUAAAAGGAUUUGCAGUUUCAAUCAUGCAAAGCUAGUAUAGGAUAUCAAAACAUAUCAUUGGCUAGCAUGUCAUGGUGCUGUGCUAAUCAUGUUACAUCUAACAGAUUCUUUAACUCUUGGCUCAUAAAAAAAAUAAUAUAUAAAUAAAUGAAAUUUUUACCUUACCAUAUU